CUGGAGGGUUUCCUGAAGGGGCAGGGGUGACUCGGAAUAAGAUGGAAGGCCUGUGGCUGCUGGUGGUGUGGUGACCCUGGACUGGGGCCUGCAGGCACCUCAUGGGCUGGAGCUGUGGGGCUGCAGCAGGGCAGCUUGCACCGCGCUGCUUGGGGGUACCGGCCUCCUUUUCUCAGGAGGUGUCUUGAUUGUCUGAGCUGUCCCAUAGACAAACUGCAGGAGUCUUCACCGUAGCCCACGUUACCAUGGCCACCCACUUCUCCAAGGAUCAGGAGGAGAGAAUCAAGUGUGUUAAGGGGGACCUUUUCUCAUGCCCCCAGACGGACUCAUUGGCUCAUUGCAUCAGCGAGGACUGUCGCAUGGGUGCAGGCAUAGCUGUUCUUUUUAAGAAAAAGUUUGGAGGCGUACAAGAGCUGUUGGAUCAACAAAAGAAAACUGGGGAGGUGGCAGUUCUCCAAAGAGAGGACCGAUAUAUUUACUACCUGAUUACGAAGAAGAAAGUUUCUCACAAACCGACGUAUGAGAAUAUGCGAAAGAGUUUAGAAGCCAUGAAAGCUCACUGUCUAAACAAUGGAGUUACUGACAUUUCCAUGCCUAGGAUUGGAUGUGGACUUGACCGCCUGGAUUGGAAUAAAGUUUCAGCAAUACUUGGAGAAGUGUUUGAAGACACAGAUAUAAAGAUCACAGUUUACAGUCUGUGAGCAAGAGAGUUUCAGGAGAGCCCCAUUUCCCUUGAUUUCAGAAGUGGAAACCUGCUCACUGAUGAGGGGGGAAGCUGCAUGCUGAGCAUGUGCUUCGUGUGAGCGUAGCUCACUCGUGUUGUCAGUGGCAGUGGCUUGUAACAACCACAACAACAACAAAAAAAGCUUCAGAGCAGUAAAUUUGGCCAGCAGUGUUCAGGGAGCCUGUGAAGAGGCAGGGGCGCUGGGGGUUCCCAAUCUCUCCCAGCAAGCCACCAGAUGUCACUGGUCCUCCACGGAGCACCUGCCUGCACUAGAGUUUCUACUUAAAGCUGACAGUCCCUGUGCAGAGUGAAAUUGGAGCUGUGUCUUGCUUAGGUAUUUGUUAGUUUGUAGUUACGGUUGAUAAUGAUGAGCUGUGGAGCCCUGUCGCUUAGGGUUUGUUUUUUUAAAAGUUUUGCAACGUGCGUAUCUGGCCUGUGGUUUACUUAAUCUGUUUGUUACAGGAUUAAAAAUUUAAUUUCUACCUUCUGGCCACAAACAGAAUUUUUUGUUAUGUGACAGUACUCACUAAGAACCAUGCUGUCAACAUUAAGUAACUAGCUCUUCAGUACUCUGCUGUCAGAUCAGAGCACGGUCCUUUUGACAAACACGCCUGUCUAUAUGUGUUGUGGCUGUAUUCUGGAGGGAGGAUGGGGUUUGAAGGGGAACGCCGGAGAUGUGUAAAGGCACCUUGUGGGUGCGUUUUAUACUGUAUAAUCGGUAUAGUCUGCAGAGCUCUUUUCUGAGAAUCCAUUCAUGUGAAUGAUGUGCGGUAAAAAGUCAUAGUAUGGAGUUUAGGGUUUGGUUUUUGUCUUUCUUUUUUACUGUAUUUGUAGUUUGAUGGCACCAAUAGCGAAAGCAAAUCGGUAACAUGCUUAGUUUAUCAGAUCAUUGUUAAGCACUUGAUUUUUGAAAGUUUGAUUCCAGUGCUGAAGAACUGUCAUAUGCUCUGUGUUUCCUUUGUUUGGUUUUCCCCACCCUCCCAUAAUGGCAAAUCUUUUUAAUUUCUCUCAUAAAAUGCCAUAUACCUUGAAUAAACCUAAAUGACAUAGCAGUUAAGAAAUUUUCAGCGUUCUGUAGGGUUCCUAAUUGGUUUUCGCUAUGAAUUGGGUGGGGGGAGGGUUUUCUGUUCUGUGCCUUGUGAGUUAAUCUGUGUUGUGUGGUUUCUUUGCUGAUGCAGAUCUGCAAAUCCUGUUUGUGUCUUUAAGAGCUUUGUAUUAUUGCUCUCCCUGUUUGUUGACCAUCCUUUGUAAACUUGUUUUUGGUGGAUAAUUGCUGUAGCUAAAUACACAACUGGAAAAAGAAAAUAAACUCAGACAAAUAGGAACUUUGAGUAUUAAACUGA